AUGGCUCUUGUGCAGGUAGUGGCGGUGGCGCUUGCGCUGUCGUGCUGCGGCGCCGUCAUCGCGGCCUCCGCGGCGACGCCUCCUCCCACGCGUCUGGUGGCGCCGAGGCCGAAGCCCGGGACGCGGGGCAAGGUCCCGCGUGGUACGCCGCUGACGACCAUCACCUUCAGCCCCCGCCACAAGCGCGACUACCAGGUCACCUGCACCAACACCGGCAGAAGGCCCUGCGUCGUCACCUGCCCUUCCACCUGCCCCAACAAGUGCCUCGUCGCCUGCUCCUACUGCCUCACCUUCUGCAUGUGCGAUCUGUUCCCGGGCACGUCGUGCGGCGACCCACGGUUCACCGGCGCCGACGGCAACACGUUCUACUUCCACGGCAAGAAGGAGCAGGACUUCUGCAUCGUCACCGACGCCGACCUGCACAUCAACGCGCACUUCAUCGGCAACCGCAACUCGGCCAUGAAGCGGGACUUCACAUGGAUCCAGGCGCUGGGCAUCAGCUUCGGCGACCACCGCCUCUACAUCGGCGCGCGCAAGGCCGCCGAGUGGGACGACGAGGAGGACCACGUCCAGAUCACCUUCGACGGCGAGCCCGUCAACGUCGACGCCGCCAGGGGCGCCCAGUGGGUGUCCAGGGCCCUGCCGGCCCUCUCCGUCUCCCGCACCGACACCGUCAACGCCGUCACCGUCGAGCUCGCCGGCGUCUUCACCAUCACCGCCAACGCCGUGCCCAUCACCGACGAGGACUCCAGGAUCCACCACUACGGCAAGACCGGCAAGGACAGCCUCGUGCACCUUGACCUCGGCUACAAGUUCCACGCCCUCACCGACGCCGUCGACGGCGUGCUCGGCCAGACCUACCGCCCCACCUACGCCAACAGGCUCAACAUCACGGCCAAGAUGCCCAUCAUGGGCGGCGCCGACAAGUACCGCUCGUCGGGCCUCUUCUCGCCGGACUGCGCCGUCUCCAGGUUCCACCGCCGCACCUCCGCCGCCGCCGCCGCCGCCGGAGACCAUGUUGCCGUCGGUUUUGCCUCGUAAAUCGUCGAUCGAUCAUCUCCUGCGACCAAGCAAUAAAUAAAUCGUUAUAGAAUCUUACAUACAUACAUACUACGCCAUGCAUGCACCACGUUAAGCAAGAAAUAAUUAAUUAAGUCUCAUUCACUCGCGUGCAUUAAUUAAUUUUAUA